AAAUUGUCUAUGUAAAAUUUAUUUGUCAAGGCGAGGUUUAUUUAUUCCCCGUUUCGUACCAUAUCUCUUACAAUAUUAUUUUUUCUUUGCAAGUAACUGGAUCGAACUAAAACUGUUCGCAUAAGAGAAAAGCACUUUUGUUAUUGGGAAAGUAAUCAAAGAUUAAACUGAACAAUGGAUUUAUUAAAUAGUAUGAAAAAUUUAACCAUCAAACAUACACAAAAUGAUGGUGACCAACAAUUUUUUAAGUCCAUAUCAGCAGAUAUUGACGAUGUUGCCACAGAAAUUGUUUUGGCUGAAUAUGUUGAAAAGAUUUUACUUAUUGUGUCUCAAUAUCAAAAAAUAGGCAGUAUGCUAAUGAUACAAAAAGACCAAGUUCAUAGUCCUCUAGGUACAGAUGACAUUUAUACAACAAAAGUAAUUUUUGGUGCCACAGGGGAAGAUCAACUUGUAGCAGCAAGAUACUUAGCUGAGGCCAUCAAAAUCACAAAACCACUCUGUAUAUUCAUAAAUCUGAAAUCUUAUGACAUUGAAACUGUAAAAGCUUGCAAAGAUAUCAUUUUGGAUUUGAAGAAAGAGGAAAAGUAAAAUAAUGGAAGUAGCAACAACUAAUACAUUCAAAACUGUAAAUAAGUUAUAUGGUCAACUUGUAAUAGGACCUCCGGGUGCAGGAAAGACAACAUAUUGUGACAAAAUGGCUCAUUUGCUAAAGAAAUUAGGAAGAAGAAUCAUUAUUAUUAAUUUAGAUCCUGCCAAUGAAACUAUGUCCUACAAAGCUGAUAUCGACAUCAGACAACUAAUAGCCCUUGACGAAGUUAUGGUUCAUUAUAGUCUUGGUCCGAAUGGAGCAUUAUUAUACUGUUUGCAGUAUUUAGAGAAAAAUAUUGACUGGUUAUUAAACCAAAUGAAAGGUGACCAUGGUACAAAUUUUAUCUUUGACUUACCUGGUCAAGUGGAGCUCUAUUGCCAUCAUGAUGUGGUAAACAAUAUUUUCUCCAAGUUGAUUGAAAAAGCAAAUUUACAAUUAUGUGUAGUUCAUCUUGUUGACUCACAUCAUUGUUCUGAUGCUGGUAAAUUCAUUUCUGCAUUGAUGCUAUCACUUUCCGCCAUGUUAAAGAUUGCUCUGCCACAUGUUAAUUUAUUAACAAAAGUUGAUAUAUUGAAAAAACAUAUGGACAAACUUGAAUUUGGCAUAGAUUUCUACACUGAUGUUUUGGAUUUAAAUUAUCUGUUGGAUAGUUUGGAUGGUGAUAGGUUUACUGCAAAAUAUAAGAAACUGAAUGCGGCUCUUGUGUCUAUUAUUGAAGAUUACAGUUUAGUAUCAUUUCAACUGGUGAAUAUAUUCAAUGAAGAUAGUUUGAUGUCUGUUAAAAAAUUAGUGGAUAAGACUAAUGGAUUUGUGUUUAAAGCAGAAGAGGGUAGACACAUAAAUAGUAUGUUAGCUUGUGCUAUGGGUGUCAAUGAACCUGAAGAUAUGAAUACCUUGUAAUAAAUAUUAAAUCUGCA